AAGAAACCGGGCAAUGUAUUUGGAAGUAAUGAGUGGUUCAGUUAUAAAGGAGUGAGGUGGAGAAGGAAGGAAGCAGAAAGAUGCUGAAAACAACACUUCAGAGACUGGAGAGGAACUUGUCAUGGUCGGCUUAUUGUAUGAGCAGUGGAAUCCCGAGAGAGAGAGUAGAGUGCGUGGUGAUAGGAGCAGGUGUAGUGGGAUUAUCAGUGGCUAGAGAGCUUGCUUUAAGAGGUCGACAGGUCUUAGUCUUAGACUCUGCACCCACCUUCGGCACUGCCACCAGUUCCCGCAACAGCGAAGUUAUCCAUGCCGGCAUCUACUACCCUCCUAAUUCUCUCAAGGCAAUCUUUUGUGUAAGAGGAAGAGACUUGCUGUACAAAUAUUGCUCUCAGCGCCAAAUUCCUCACAAACAAAUUGGUAAACUCAUUGUUGCCACUGGAUCGUCUGAGAUUCAAAAGUUGCAUAAUUUACUGGAUCGUGGGAUAAAAAAUGGGGUCGAUGGUCUGGUAAUGAUGGAGGGUUCCGAAGCCAUGAGAAUGGAACCCGAAUUAAGAUGCUUGAAAGCCUUACUAUCACCAGUUUCUGGGAUUGUCGAUACACAUUCUUUGAUGCUGUCUUUGGUGGGUGAAGCUGAGAAUUGUGGCACAAUCUUCUGCUAUAACACUACUGUUAUUGGUGGCCACAUAGAACAAAAUCAAUUGUGCCUUCAUAUUUCUCAAACCAAACAUCUUGAAAUGUGCAAUGGAAAUUCUCCCCUGCAACCAGAGAUAGUACUCAUUCCUAAGUUUGUAGUGAACUCUGCUGGCUUGAGUGCCCCUGCCCUUGCUAAGCGAUUUGAUGGCCUCCAAAGUGCAGUUAUUCCCACUGCUCAUUAUGCUCGUGGGUGCUACUUCACUCUAUCCAAUACUGGAAUCUGUCCUUUCAAACAUUUGAUAUAUCCUAUACCAGAGGACGGUGGCCUUGGAGUGCAUGUUACCUUGGAUUUAAAUGGUCAGGUCAAGUUUGGUCCGAAUGUGGAAUGGAUUGAUGGAGUUGAUGACAUUUCAAGCUUCCUGAAUAAGUUUGACUAUUCCGUAUGUACGAGUCACAUGAAGCAUUUUUACCCUGCGAUAAAGAAGUACUACCCGAAUCUAAAAGAUGAAUCCCUCGAGCCGGGUUAUGCAGGGAUUAGACCAAAGCUUUCAGGUCCUAGAGAGUCUCCAGUUGAUUUUGUGAUACAGGGAGAGGAUAUUCAUGGGAUAACUGGUCUUGUCAACCUUUUUGGAAUCGAGUCACCUGGUUUAACUUCAAGCAUGGCGAUUGCCGAGCACAUAGCCACCAAAUUCUUCAGAUGUUAAGAAACCUGCAGAAUUCCACAUUAAUUUGAAGAUGGUGAUGGCUAUACUAGGAAUGAAGACGGUGAUGAUGUAAUGUAUUUCAACUUAAGGUGACUACAGCUUGUAUUUCCUCCAACUCAGCCGUAAACAGUUUAAAACAGAGGGGGCAGCCUUGAUACCACCAAUGAAACUAGCAACUGCUCUCAAGUAUAGAAAGGCUGUUCCGGAGAGUGAUUGCCUAGAGUUGAUGAAUGCCCUGAAUGAUAAGAUUUGUAUAGGAAGUUGGAAUGAAUGCCCUGAAUGAGAAGAUUUGUAUAGGAAGUUGAAAUAUGGAAAAAUUUCAAUUUAGUACUCUGUGGUAUCAUGUUAGUCAUUUGAUCAGCAACACUCUCACGCUUUCAAUUUCAAUCAGCCGUGUCCAAAUUUUUCCGAGACAUCCAAAUCAGACGUUAAGUGGUGAGCUGGCAGCGACAAAGUCAAUGAGUGGGCCCACAGAAAGGGGUAAACUUGACAUUCCACUUAAUUUCCACCCAAACUCAAAAAAAAAAAAAAAACAUGACCAUAUUCGACCGCCCUCUCUCUCCUCCUCCUCCUUCUUCAGAUAAUCACAUGCCUAAACCAACAAUUUAUCCACGAGGUGGGAGCCGACGAAGCCGGCGCACACGCCUUGUCGAGGCCGGCGGGAACCCAGUCGGCGUUGUUGCGGAGGUCGGUGGAGAAGGAGGCAGUGUUAAUUCGGUCGUGGACGGAGGAGAAGGAUCGGGGGAUGGAGGGAUUGGGCUAGGAAGAGAGGCGGGAGAGAGUGAGCUGGAGGAUGAAAAAGGUGGAGCCGAUGAGAAUGUCGACGAGGAUGAAGAGGAGGCUUGUGAAAUUUAUUAUGAAUUUUUCAAAUUGUUUGUUUUUACACGUGAAAUUUAAGCAAAAUCAAUUCUGAGUUUUUCCGCUUGUGAAUUGUGGGGAAUCAAAUGGUUUUUCCGCUCCGGUCGACCUUCACUCGUUUACCGAUUCGAGCAGUGGCGUCUUCACCUUUUUGAAGCAGAGAAGCAAUCGAACUGGGUCAACUGGCUGCGAAUGUCCUUUCCAGGUAACUUUAAGAAGAAGAAGAGCAGUCCUCAAGCUGGGUUCGUGGGCUCAUAGAUUUGCUCUUUGUGUUUAUGUUUUGAUCUGCAAAAUCGAUAGAGGUUAUGGUGAAGGAUUUAUGGUGCAAAAUCUAGAUUUUAUUGAUCUAACAUGGCUGGGGAAUUGAAAAGAGAUAAUUGCAAUUGCAACUUUUGUUUCGAUUUGUUGGAAUUUGAUUUCAGGUAUACUCCUUCAUCCUUCAAGUAAUGGUUGGAAUUUGGAAAGCAAACUAGCUCGAAUCAAAGCGCAGCUUCCAUCUUUUGCCGCAUUAUUAUUCUAUUUUUUUUUUUUUUUUGGUAUUUUCAUUUGCAUCCUCCUUCCUGACCCCUUGGAAAGACAUGUCCAGCUUUCGGUGGUGGAGUUAAACUCCGGUCGGCCCAAUUUCUCGGAUAAGGAUUUGGUGCCAGUGAAUUUGAGCUUGAUGGGGAAGACCCAUUUUGUUGGUGAGGAUUUUAUUGGAUACGAGAGUGGGUUGUCGGGUUUGGAGAGGAGGGAAGUGGAGGAAGACGACGAGCCUUAGAGGGAGAUGAGCUUGCUGGGUUAUUCGGAGUUAACCAUCGGAGCUGAGAGAGAGAGAGAGAGGGUGGUGGGCAGGUAUGGGUUUGUGGAGGGUAGGGGAAGAGUAGGACGUGAGGGGGCGGUGAUUAAAGUCGUCGGAUAUCGACGUUGUUGUUGGGGAGAGGAGGACUAGAGGAAGAAGAAGGAGAUAGGUCAUCAAAAAAAAAUUAUGAAAAUUUGAGUGAAAUGUCCAAAUUAGCCCUUCAAGUAGACCCCACUCAACCAUGUCAUCACUUGAUGGCUAAUAUGGACGAAACAGUAAAAUUUGAGCACGGCUGAUUGAAAUUGAAAGCGUGGGGGUGUUGCUGAUCAAAUUGAAAGGGGAGGGACUAACAUGAUGUUGAGUGCAAACCACAUGGUACUAAACUGAAAUUUUUUCUUGAAAUAUUUACCCUUUUUCAAUGAGUUUCAUAAACUCAAAGGUUCCUUCACAAACCUGAAUUGGGUCUAGUCAUCUAGAUAGCAAGAGGAGCUAAGUAGGUGAUGCCGGGACCAAGCUAGCGAAGAGAGCGGCGCUCAAAGAUAAGGAUGAACAGUUCCCCAACCUCUAUAAUAAAUUAAUAAAUGUUUUGGUGAAUGAUCUUCCUUGUUCUCACUUGCCUACUUAAAAGUCGAGAUUUCCAUGUUAAUAUUUUGCUGUAGUAUGUUGCCUUGUACUCAUAUACUGUAUAUUUUCUUACUCUGUGUUUCUCUUUUAUUUUC